CAACAGGUGUCAUAAAUAUUCGAUUCCAGUCCUGGUCGACAUCCUCUAGGAAGACCUAGUAUGCCAGCAUAACAAAUGGGGAUGAAAUUCAGUUCUUGUUUCUUUUUCGUGUUCCUGUCUCUCCGAUUAUAUCCAUUUGCAAGCGCAACUCAUUUUCGAGGAGCACUUUUUACCUGGAGGCCAACUUCAGAACCAAAUCAGAUUGAGAUUUCAUGGAGAAUAUCAUGGCGGCGAUCAUACAGUGGCCUAUACUGCGAUGAUGGCACGAUAGCAAAUGGUGCGUUAGUGUCAGGACAGGGGCAACUAAUAUGUGACAUCUCGUGUUCGAAUAGAGUUGGCCUAAGCUUCUAUUGUACCGACUUUAGUGUGGGAGAAGACUGGACAUCUGGAGUCAACACCGUUACAUUUGAUGCAGGAACUCCUUCGUUCGAAAUGAGAUUCUCUGGUAGAGAUUGGAUAUCUUUGGCUGUUAGUAAUGGUCUCUCUUGGUCACUUCCUAUGUCUGUAAAUUUGACGCUGAGACAAGAUAUUGGAAGGCCGAACUCAUCUCCACUUUCUUCAAUCACUCCAAUUAUUCGGUUUCAGCAUGGCUGCAACCACACAUUGAUAAUUCCAGUAACGGACCCGGACGAAGAUACGGUAAGAUGUCGUUGGGCCGUAGGCUCUAGGGAGUGUGGAUCGGUGUGUGGUGGGUUACCAUUCGCUUUACUUGAAGAGAGUACGUGCACCAUUCGAUAUGAAGCCAAGUAUCAGUUAGGAUGGCAUGCUGUUGCUGUAAUGAUUGAGGAUUUUGCUAGUCCAUUGUCUGCUUCACCGUUGAGUAAAAUACCUCUUCAAUUCUUAGUAAACGUUUUCAGUAGUAACGGGCUCUGUAGUUCAGCACCAGAAUUCGUUAACCCAACACCAAAAGACGGAGCAUGUAUUGGGGUUCCAGAAAACGACACUUACGUUCAAGCAAUUGUUGUGAGAAGUGGAGGCGUUGGGGUCGGGAUAUCUGCCAUUGAAACCGUCUCACCCUUAGGAUUUUCUAAAACUGGAGUGAGUCAAGUGGAAAAUAAUGAUCAAUUGUUUUAUGUAAAUGUAACGUGGACACCAACUAACCAACAACAAGGCGAGAACAUUUUAUGCUAUAUUGGAGAAAACACGGCCGGGCAAUCAACUCCUCAAUCUUGCAUUAAAUUGGUUGCUGGAGUUUCUCCACCUACUAUAAUCCCCGAGUCACUUGCACCUAAUCCAGGAGCUGAAAUUACCUCAAGUCAAUCGGAAUGGCGGCUCAAAUUUGAUAAAGAGUUUGUACGUCCUUCAAAACCAACGUUUAUACGUUUCUAUGAUGGCGGUGGUAGUCUUGUAUACUCAAUAGACGUUUCUUCCCGCCCACAAGUUGUAUACAAGUCAUCGACAGAUCGUUCCAUCACGAUUACGACAGAAGGAAUCCUACUUCUUGAGAAACAAAAAUAUUACAUUUUGAUGGACUCUGGCGUUGCUACCGGUUUAGAAUUAUGUGGCCCAGAAUCACCACCAUUACGAGACCGGUAUUAUUGGACAUUCACAAUACGUGAUACUACACCGCCCGUUUUGGAAUUUGUCAGUAGACCAUCAAAAACUAGUGAAAAUAUUACGAUUACCUGGAGAUAUAAUGAAAACUCUACAUCUACAUGUACUCUUCGUAAGCCGUCCGGAUUAAUUGAAACGGUUAGGUGUGUGGACGAAACCUGGUCUGCAACUGGCUUAGAUGAGGGUAGCUAUGAUUUGUACGUUACCGGAACAGACAUCUCUGGUAAUGUUGCGGAAUCGUCAUUACACUCAUGGAUUGUGGAUUCAACCGCCCCUGUUGUAACAAUAAGGUCAAAGCCGUCAUCACAGAGUAAUGACAUACAACCAGACUUCCAAUUUCAGUGCAACGAGAAUUAUUGUACUUAUGAAUGCAGUGUAUUUCGUCAAAAUGAAACGUCGUCAUUUGAAGGUUGUUCUAGAUUCUUCACAACUGAUCUUUUGAUGGAAGGGUCUCAUACAAUUCGUGUUAGGGCAAGUGAUCAAGUAGGCAACGUGGGUACUCCAGUUGAAUACAUGUGGUUAAUAGAUGUAACGCCUCCAAAUAUUCAGUCGCUGCCCGUGGUUCAUCCAAUUAUAUGUGGAGAAGAUUUUUCAUCAAUAACAACUGGCGUGCCUGACGUCACUGACACCCAGGAUAUCAAUCCGGAAUUGAGUAGUGAAGAUAUUCCGGCUGCAGAAUGUACAAUAAAUAGAAUGUGGACAGCGGUAGACGCCGCUGGAAAUUCUGCAACAUUAACUCAAAUACUACAGUUUUCAAAUCCACUUCCACCAAUUCUGAACAUUGAUGAAAGCCUAUUAAUUCCAUGUGGAGAUUCUUUGGAAGGUACCACUGACGCUGAACUACUUAUAGAAGAGGGUCUUUUGAAGCAUCCAUGCGGAAGGGAAAUGAACGUCAUUUACACUGAUUCUGUAGACGUAUAUCAAUGUGAUAUCACAUUCAGUAGAAUUUGGACAAUUUCUGAUGAUUGUGGGAACUCAAUCUCAGAACCGCAGAUGAUCAGAGUACUACCAUUACAUUUACCUGUGCAACCCAUUAUAGGCCAGAUAAAUGUUGACCGCUACGAAACACUGAUAUGGCCUUCCUAUCCUGGAUCGGAGACUUGUAGAUUGUACGUUUGGCCUCAAGGUGAUCCUAGACCGGAAGAUGGCACGUUUCUGACAUCGUUAUCAUACUUUCCAAACGAUCCUUAUUUGCAAUAUACACAAUACCUUUGGCAGGUUGAGUACAUACUAGAUGCUCAAACAAGUGCGUCCCUCAACGUAUCUUUUAUACCGAGCCCUGUUUGGGGAUUUGAAACGCGAACCUAUCCUGAUCUUAUCGUGACUGAAGUCCACGUUCAACCAGAAGAACACUCUGGGGAAGAAAUGACAGUCUCUUGGACCGUAGAAAAUAUUGGCUAUAGAGGAAGUACUGUAUCCACCUGGUAUGAUACGGUUUAUUUAUCACGGAGUCAAACUAUUCAACCAGGAGAAUCAUGGAGAAUUAGACAAGAACAGAAACGAUUUCUGGAUCCAAACGACGGCUAUAUGGCAUCAGCAACAUUUACACUUGCAGACGACGAUGUGGGAACCUACUUUGUCUUUGUUUUCGCGGAUGAAUACAGAUACAUAAAUGAUGAUAUUGAUAGCUCCAAUAACAUUGGACGGAGUGAAACACCUGUGAUUAUUAAACUAACCCCACCACCAGACCUUCAAGUAAAAAAUGUGAUUGUGCCAGAAUCAGGACGUGCAGCGUCAGGAAAAAAUAUCGAUGUAGGGUUUACUGUAAUAAACGUUGGAUAUACUGCAACGAAACCAACUACAAUGCAUGACGCUAUUUUUCUGACGGCUAGUAAUACUUCAGUCACAUUUGAUAAUCUGCUUGCCAAGGUACCACGCAGUAACGGAAUUGCUCCUAAUGAAGAAUACACUGUCCGAGAAACAGUUACUAUACCACGGAAACUGGAAGGCGUGUUUUGGAUCUACGUUGUGACUGAUUACAACAACGAUGUCUACGAGCACCUUAAUGAAGAUAACAACGGAAAACUUUCAGAGAGUGCAAUUACAGUCUUUAUCGGUCAGCAACCAGACCUUGUUCCCACGCUGCUUGAAUCGCCAUCAGAAGCUGAGUCUACAGAAACAAUAACAAUAUCGUGGUCUGGAGAGAACAAAGCUACUGAAGAACCAUUCGAAAAUUUCUGGGAAGAUCGUUUGACUAUAUCUGGGCCUGAUUUGGAUCCAAUAAGCAUAUCAACUCAGACGUUUUCUGGAGAUCUACAUAUUGAUGAGCAGUAUGACAGACACGCCGUUUACAAAAUUCCAUCAACUUUACUGACUGGCAUAUACAACUUGACUAUUCACAUUGAUUAUAGAAACCAAGUCUUUGAAUAUGAAAAUGAUGCCAACAAUGUUAAAUAUAAUUCAUUGUACAUUUAUCAAAAGUUACCGGAUUUACAAGUUGGUUUUCUUAACGCAACGCCUGUGUUUGAUAUCGAUACCAACACAGCGUGGCUACACGUUAACUGGCGUGUUGUGAACCAUGGAGCAGGCAGUCCGGGGGUUAGUUAUUGGACAGAUAGAUUAUAUCUAUCUAUGAGUCAAGGAAUUGAUUAUUCACAACCCAUUGGAGAAGUAACCCACAUGCUUGGAGAUGCGACGGAGGAAGUAAUUGGCUUACCUCCAGAUUCUUCAUAUCUUGUGGAGACUAGGUUUGAUUUACCACAACACUAUUUUGGGGAAUACAAGCUAAUUAUCAAAUCGGACUUUCGGAAUCAGAUUAAUGAAGAGGAUAAUUUAAAUAAUGAAAUUUCUAUUUCAGUCAGUAUUCCACAGAGAAUUUCAAACCUUGUUGUUACAAAUACUAAUUUUGGUGAUGGGUCACCAAAAGAAGCAGUGGCCGGAGACCAACUUUAUUUUGAGUGGACGGUAUCAAACGAAGGCAAUUGGCUAACCAGCGAAAGUGAAUGGACAGAUGUGGUGUAUCUAUCGAGGUUAGACUAUGUUGACAUAUCAGCAAUUGUAAUAGGAUCGGUAAAGCAAUUUCAACAUUUGAAUCCUGGCGCAUCAUACACUUCUUCGAUUCAAUUUGUUCUCCCUGAUAAUCUAUGGGGCACUGUCUUUAUUUUAAUAUACAUAGAUAACGACGGGGAGCUUCUGACUCACGGCCUAAAAACUAUUCAUAAAGAAGAACUUAAGGUGUCUUUACCACCGUCUCCACAACUUGGUGUUAUCGACUUACAAUACAAUAUCCUAGGCUAUAGAAGACGAAAACGCCAGACGUCAGACUUUUCUUCAUCCACACGCUACUUGUCAGUCACUUGGUCUAUACGGAAUUCUGGAAAUUCCAUGUUCAAAUCAUAUACAUGGUCUGAUGCUGUCAUAAUCACAACUGAAAAAGGUGUUACAGAAUUUCCAACAGGAAAUGUCAUUGGGACUUUUCAGACGGUAUCUAAAUUAUAUUCUGGUCAGAUUUACAACGUGUCAAAGAUAUUUGUUAUACCAGAUAGUAUUAAAGGAGGAACAUUCUAUGUUUACGUAAUUCCGGAUUACUACAUGACGCUUGCGUAUACAGAAUUAGAAAUACUACCAGUUUUUGACGUCAAUAAACCAGUUGAUAUUCCAGUAAUUCCAGAACCCGAUUUAGAAAUAAUCUACAAGGAUACAAUCCCAGCAACAAUAACGGCUGGAGAAACUAUAUUUGUUAAGUUUCAAGUUGUCAAUAUUGGUGGUGCAACGAGUGUUAGCUCUUGGAAUGAUGCUGUCAUUCUGGAUGAUGUCUCGCAAAUAGCACCAGGCGACUCAGCUCUGAAGCUCACAGAGAUACGCCACCUUGGAAGCCUGGGUUAUGAUGGAUCUUAUCAAGUAGAAACUAUUGUUACAUUUCCUUUUGGCAUUAAAGGGUCAUACACAUUAUUCAUACAAAUCGAUACACUUCAAAGCGUUGAGGAUGUUGAUAAAGAUAAUAAUAUUUUCAGAGCACCUGUUCCAAUUGAUGUGCUCCCAGCUCCAUUACCAGACAUUGUACCUUAUUUGCCAACGUUGGGGCUUUCCCUUCGUUCUGGCGAACCAUUUUCUUUACACCUAAAUAUCACUAACAUCGGAGUACGGGAUGUCAACCAGUCCAUUUAUAAUAGCGUAUAUCUAAGUGAGGACACUACUAUUGAUCCUUUCGACCGCACGUUACUAAGUGUGUAUACGGCUCUGGAUGUAGCAAUUAACGAAACGUACGUAGUACCAUUAGAAGUUUUCAUGCCAUAUGAUAUACCAUCAGCAGGUUAUUAUAUCAUUGUUAAAAUCGACAGUAGAGAUGAUAUGUACGAAAUUAACAACAAUAAUAACGUGGCGUCUAUCCAGGUUUCAAUAGUAGAGACUGUUUCGACAGACAUUGUCGUAGUUUCUGUCCAAUCAACUCCACCAACUGUUAAAUACAACGAUGACAUAAUGGUAGAAUGGAGACUCCUUAACAACGGUUCGCUUAAUGCAAAGGGAUAUAAGUGCGAUACAACUUACCUGUCCGUUGAUGAUAAGUGGUCCAUAGAUGAUGAAGAAUUAGGAGUCACAUGUUCAAUAAUUAACCUUCCUGGUUCAGGCCAAAGCGGCCAACAGUAUUCCAUGGUGACCAACCUGCCAUUGGUGAAUCCGGUUAACUACAACACGAUAGUGAGAACUAGAAGCAACAUUCGAGACCUUGAUCUGGACAACAAUAUUGGUGUAGCUAUAACACCAACAUUAGUUGACAUGGAUCAGUUGAUACUUGAUACACCACUGCCAUUUCAAUUAGGUCGUUUCGAACAACGUGUGUUUCGUGUACGGGAUGUUGUUGCAGAGGAAACUUUAGUGUUUUCAUUAAGAAGCAACACUGAUACUGAUUUUAAUGAACUUUACGUCAAAUAUGGAGAGAUUGUAACAGCUGGAGAUUAUGAUGCAACUGGUCAAGAUUUUCUGGUGGCAGAUCAGGAUACGGCGAUUUCAAAUUCAAAGGCCGGAGACUAUUUUGUUCUUGCAAAAAAUUUAGGAAGCAUUCUUGCGAAUGAAGACAGUGAAUUCAAAUCUGAAAUAACUUUAUUCGUGAAAUAUGCCGAGUUAGAAAUACUUGAUUUUUUCCCUCAAUCAGCAGCUUCGUUUGGCAUAACUACUUUGAGAAUUUCAGGAACUUUAUUUCCUGAAGAAGCGUUUGUUUUUCUGACGAAUAAUUCAAUAGUGAUAGAAGCUGUAGAAUAUUUUCAUUUUUCGUCUUUGGAAGUUUACGCCAGAUUCAACCUGUCAGGCAUCAGAAUUGGUUCUUCCUGGUUUGUUCAAAUAGUAGACCGUUAUAAUUCUAAGCUCCAGGCGACAUCACGUCAUAGUCUUGAAAUCAUUGAUGGAAUACCUGGUGCAAUUAGCCUGAGACUGAACAGUCCUGGUGCUCUUCGUCCUGAAGAAACAGCAAGGCUGUCACUCUUUACUCAAAAUAUUGGUAAUACUGACGUUAUCACUCCAAUGAUUUUGAUAGAAGUCAUUGGCGAUGCCACUGCUCAGCUAAUCCGUGGCUCAUAUGCAUCCGAAUGGCAAUCGACACAUAACAUUUACGCAACUUCCCAACAAGGUCCUAGUGGAAUCAUACCGCCAGGUAGCUAUAGUCAAGUAACAAUUGAUAUACGACCAAAUAAUUUUGAUACUCGGAAUAUCCAACUGAGAAUCAUUGAACUUAAGCCUUCGGCGAAUGUGAACCACCCGUACGUUGAUGGUAAAGAAACUCUCCGGCCGGGUGACACAGAUCAAGGAGCCUGGGAUCAAAUUUGGAUUAAUUUUAUUAGUUAUGUUGGAAUGACACAAUUAAGCUUGGCUAAACAACUAUCAUCUACGGCGAAUCAACUAAGUUUGAUUAAUCGUAGACCUAUAGACACUGCAAUACUGAUUGAUUAUUUUAUAAAGCUUUCGAACGGAUUUUUAGCUGGCACAUCUCUGUAUACCAACACCGACUUGAAGGUAGACAGCCCCUACACUGGCUUUAAUGAACUCAUCUUAAAAAGAGAAAUCAGUGCUUUGGUAUCUCAUCGAGAAUACAAUGGACUGUUUGGACGUGGCUGGAGAAUACAAUAUGUUGACACAAGACUGGAGGAAAUCACCGGCGAAUUUGUAAAACUUCGGAGAGGAUAUAUAGUGGACUCUCUCUCUAUCGUCACUUACAACUUAUAUGAACUACCUGUUCUUGGAACUAUCGAAAUCAAAGCUGAUGAAAUUGUGUUUGCUGAUAGACAAUCAUCUAUUGUUUCCUACUACCAUUUUGAUAAGUCAAGUAAACUACUGCAGUACAUAGACAAUGAUUUAGACAAAUCAAAGCUGUACUUCCACUACGCACAGACGUCAAACCGCUUGGAACGGAUGGUUUCAACGUCGGAUGUUACAAUUGAUUUUCUGUACAGUAACGCUGGUUUGAUUGAAACAGUUAUUAUGUCAGUCUCGGGAGAAGAGGUGUCGCUAGCAAGCUAUCGGUACGACAUCGAUUCUCAGUUCUUGACGUCAUCAGAUAUCAAUGGUCAAGUAACGUACUACAGUUACACCAAUGAUGGCGCACUUGAAUAUGUUACUUAUUCUGAUGGCUCGAUACAGAAAUAUUUGUACGAUGAAAGAAAGCUGUACUCCGGGUCAUCGAGAGUUUCUGGUGACGGGGUGUUAGAAUCUAGUCUAAAUUUCACAAACACAGGCAAUGGACGCAUAGAAUUUUUACAUAUGCCGAGUACCGAGUUGACAACAAUAAUUGUUGAUGAAAUAGGAAAUGCCGGCUACGUAAAAAGUGUCGGAAGCGUGUCCCAUCGAUUUAUUCGUGAUUAUAACAAUGAAGUUAAAACUGUCUAUGUGGGUGAUCAGAUCCUAAAGAAAGAAACACAUGAUGUGGACACUGGGACUUUUUUCGAAGUUGAUCCUAAUGGAGAUGAGACUUCAAUUGCCUUUUCGCCAAAUGGUGAUAUACUAUCUAUUACUGAUGGUAACGGAAACAUUCGUACUGGAGCGUACGAAGAUAAAGAAACAAUCAUUACAUAUCCGGAUAUGACAACUGAGAAAGUCACAUACGAUGAUAAUAACUACAUAAGUACUUUUAAAUCGCGAUCUGACAAAAUCACAGAAUUUAAUUAUGAUGACGGUGGCAAUCUUGUUUACAAAAAAAUACACGAAGAAGAUCCGAUCUAUUACCAGUACAAUGAACGUGGAUUUGUCACGCAGGCUACAAAUGCAGUCGGUACAAUCUCAAUUAGAUACAACGACAACGGUUUCCCUUUGUCGGUGACGUAUCCUAAUGGCAAAGAACUUCAUUACGAGUAUGAACGCAAUCUUAGGACGCGACUUUAUGACAACGAAGGGUAUGAUAUAAAGUACGUUUAUGACAAGUUUGAAAGGCUUAUAAAUAUCGUGGAUGACGGUUCCCGGAUGGAAAUAUUGAGAUUAGAGUAUGAUGAAUUACAACGAGUAACUGAACGAAAAACUGGUAAUAACUGUUCGACAAUCUACAAUUACAGCGCCAUUGAUAAUAGGCUGGAAGGUCAAUAUAUGUUAUGCCCAAAUACCAAUGGGGACCAGGCACUGUUGGUAUCGGAAAGCUAUGAGUUUGACGGACGUGGUAGAUUGAAAGUGCUGAAUACAACACAUGGAACUUGGAGAUACGGGUACGAUUCUGCUUCACAAUUAAUCUCGUGGACAGAUCCAACAGGAAAAUCGACUGAAAUAAAAUAUGAUAAUGCGGGUAAUAGACGUAUAUUAAAAGUAAAGGAAAUCUCGAAUGCCUACGCCGUAAAUAAUCUUAACCAAUACAAAAGUUUUGGAAAAUAUGAAACUUGGAUACAUGACUUGAAUGGAAAUUUGAUAGAGAUAACACCUGACAACCUAUUAGCAGAUACGGAGCGUUACACGUUCAAUGAUGAAAACCGACUCAAAUUUUUGUCCUCAUCGUCACAAGACUGUAGUCUUGAGUAUGAUGCGCUCGGAAAUCUUUACCGAUCGACAUGUGCUGGCCAAACAACACAGUAUCUAGUUGAUCCUUUUGGGUAUUUUGGUGGCGAAAUUAUAUCUGAGCAAACAAUUGGACAUAUUCAGAAAUAUAUUUUCGCUGGACUAAACGGAUUAGUUGCUUUGAAAAAAGAAGAUAAUGAAAUCUUCUACUAUCAAUUUGAUAGACUCGGAUCAACUAAUGCACUGACGGAUGCCAAUGGACAAUUGGCGAAUACUUACCAAUAUGAUCCAUUUGGUGGCAUAAUCAGCAAGACUGAAAGAAUUAGCAACAAGUGGACGUUUGUUGGUCAGUGGGGAGUAAGACAAAUUGAUGUAUUUUCUCAUCUCUACUAUAUGAGGUCACGUAUAUAUGAUCAUCGACACGGUCGCUUUCUGUCUCCAGACCCACUCGGAAUAAAUGGAAAAUCGUACAACGCUUACGUUUAUCUGAGCAAUGAUCCUCUCUCUGGCGUCGAUCCAAGAGGAACAUUGCCAGCAAUUGUUGUAAGUGGAGGUUUUGGAGGCUUGUUUGGUGUUGGAACUUACGUUGUUGGAAAUUUGUUAGCCGAGGAACCCCUGACUUGGACUGGUACAACGAAGGCAUUCGUGACUGGAGUUGCUGGUGGAGUUAGUAAGGCAGGUGCAUUGACUGCAGCAUUGAUAACUGGCGGAGGAAACAUAUUAGAGGAGGUUCUAAAAGGAACGGAGCUAAAGGAUUAUGAUUGGGAAGGAAUUAUUCAAGAAAGUUUAGUCUCAGCUGGACUAAGCAAAAUUCCAUUUGGCGAUAUGUUCCUUAAGUCGGCUAAUAGUGGUUUGAGUCGUCUUACACGUCCCACAAUUAUGAAAAUAUUAAGGAAGUCAGUUGAUAAAAUUAAAGAAUUUCUGAAGAAAACGUUCAGCUCAAUUUUUGAGUCAUACGUAAACAAACUGGUGGAUUACAUACAAAACAUUUUAGAGAAAGGAGGAGCAGAUGCUCUAGAUGAAUUCAUUCAGUGGCUGACAUCCAUAGAUCCGAACGAUAUUGUUGGACCAGCAGGAUAUGGCGAUGCUCGGUUUAUGCCAACGGAUGAGUAUUUGACGUAUAAAAUACGGUUUGAAAAUGACAUAAAUGCAACAGCGCCCGCACAGCGUGUAUUGAUCACAACAAUUCUUGACGACAAUAUCGACAGCAGAACUCUUCGAAUUGGUGAUUUUGGUUUCGGAAACUUUACAAACGAAGUAGAAAGACCCAGUGGCUCAUACCAGAAACGAAUAGAUUUUGUUGACAUUUUCGGAUUUUUUGUAAAAGUUGAUGCUUUAUUAGACUAUCGUAGAGGAGAAAUUCUCUGGGACAUCAGAGCCAUUGACCCUGAAACAAAUCAAAUACCGACGGAUCCACGGAAAGGAUUUUUGCCACCAAACCCAGAAAAUGGAACGGAUGGCCAGGGUUACGUAACAUUUAGUGUAAAGCCUCGGUUCAACACAAUUGAUUUGUCGGUGAUUGAUGCUAAAGCAUCUAUAAUAUUUGAUCAAAAUGAUCCCAUCGACACUCCGCCUAUAUUCAACACGAUUGAUUCUGGUAAACCGGAAGUAAAUAUAACUGUCGACGAUAACCUUAUUACAUCUGGGAUACUCGUCAUUCACAUAGAAUCUGGUGAUGGUGGAUCAGGAGUCAGCUUCGUUGACAUAUUCACCGACACUGAAAAUGGGAGAGAGAUACUCGUUGAAGGUACUACGGAUACAACUGUGACCUUAAAUGUACCAGUAGGAGUGACUUACAACAUAAUUGCUAUUCCGCGGGACAACGUUGGAAAUUCUCCAACAUACAGAGAACUUCAGGAACAGAAUAAAAUACUUUCCGUUGAUUUUCCAGUUGUUAUUGUUUCUUGCACUGCUGUCAACAAUUGUUCAGGUUAUGGUACGUGCACUGGGCAAAAUCUCUGCAGUUGCGAAGCAAAUAGAUAUGGAGCUGCUUGCGACUCGGUUGUCACCCCUGUCGAACCACCUGUUGUCGGCGUACAGUCGGCCGUAGGAGAAGAAGAUAGUAAAAUUUCCCUAGCCGUGACAGUUGAACCUUCUAUGAGUAAUUUCACCACCGAAACAACACUGAUUAUCAAAGGGGCACCGCAUGGGGCCAUGUUCUCACAUGGAUUAAAACGAGGCGAAGAAUGGCAUAUUCAGUUGGAGCACCUUCCCGAGCUAAUUUUUAUUCCACCACCAAAUUUAGAAGGCUACAUCAAUCUAAUUUUGCUUGCAACGACGAAGAGCGACCAUGGAAAUGCUGUACGAAGAGUUGAUCUUCCUGUGUACGUCGCUGCCGUAGCUGACAUACCGGCUCUUAUGGUCAGCUCUGAAUGUUUUCAUAAGGAUCAGAGGACGCUCAUAGUGACAAUAUCAGCUUCAUCUACCGACACAGACGGUUCUGAGAAUAUUACCUCGAUCAUUCUGUCGGAUGUACCAGAUGACAUCACUGUCACGCCCAGUGUUUUCCUGUUCAAUAACACUUAUGAACUUUCCCUGGGCACUGCGGAGUUUGAGUUAUAUACUACCGAUACGUUCAGAGUUCUGUCAAUGAACGUGACGGUUAUCAAUACAGAAUCUGAGAAUGGACACCAGACAAGUGUAUCGGAACAGUUUAGUAUUUACAAUUGUCAAGCUUUUACAACUACAUCGACACCAAGCGAUGAUGGUACCGCUACUGAUACAUUUUUAUUAUAUCUAGCAAUUGGUGCCGGUGUCGUUCUCCUCGUCUUCAUCGUCGUCCUCGGCCUGGUCAUUGCAUUAAACAAUCAACCACUAUGUUCAUAAAUUGAAAACACUAUAUGACACUGGUGAAUGUACUUGUUUAGUUGAUAAAUACACAAAUCGUUAUGUAUAAUCUAAUUACCGGAAGAUAAAGUCAUUGCAGUAUAGGUGGUUCUAUGUCUAAUAAUUGAAAAUGUGUGUCGAUUUGUGCGUAAUACGUAUAUGUAGAAGACAUAGAGAAUAGUUAUAUAUACAUUUUAAUCAAUUAAUGUGAAGUUAAUAAUGUUUUUAAUAGUGAGUAAAUGAAUGAAUGAUGAAUGAAUUUAUUAAUAAUAAAAAUAAUAUAACGUACUACUUGAACUAAUAAUGGUAAUGGUUGUAGACUUACAUUAUAGUAAAUGAAUUAUAACAUCACUAAACACACAAUUAAAUGAGUUUUAAGCCUAACUUAAGGGAAUUGAAGGGAAUUCUUGUAUACUAAUGGGAAGUUGUGUUGUAUUUAAUUUUAAUUUUUUAUUUGCAUCGUAAAGCAUGAACAAAUAUUUAUAGGUUAGACAUCAGAAUAUAAAACAUUAUGAAUAUAUGAAUAUAUAAAGACUAAUACAUUUAAAAUGGUCAAAGUGGUCAAAGAUGCAUUAAAAUUCAUCAGUUGGCAUAAACUGCAAUGGAAAUUCAACAAAGAUGCAAGGAUAAUCUAUGAAGUUUGUUAAUAGUAAAACAACUUAUUUCCCAUGGGAAUGCAAACAGACAGAUGAAUAAAAAAACAAGACAAUGCCAGAGUUUUGGAGCAGCAACUAUAAAGGAGAAGUCAACAUAUGAGUUGAGCUUCAAAAUUUGAGUCGAGAGAAUAGAAUAUCAUAAAGCGGCAGUGUCUUUUAUAUAAUAUCUGGAGUAUGAUUCACAAGGCGCUAAUUAAAAGACAGAUUUUAUUUUGUUCUUGUGUUUAAAAUCCAAGACUAUACUUGAAUACGAAUCAUUCAAUUCCGUUUUCUUUUCGAUAUAUACAUUUACAUGUGAGCUAGUUAUAUAUCUAUCUACUGAGAUUUUGUAAGAUUUUAUUUUUCUGAAAAUAGUAUUAGCAUGAAUAGACUGUUCUAGGAUUAUUACUUUUCUAUAUUGAUUUAUAUCUGAUGUGAAGUUUUUGUAUUAUAUUUCGUCAUUUAAAUAUUCAUUCACUCUCAUGAUAUAAGAAAUCGAAGGCUUUAAGGAGAUUCUAGGAUGAAUCCUUUUAUCAACGUAUGUGUUUUUUAUAUAAUUAUGUUAAUCAGUUCCUGAUCAAUAAAGAUUAUUGUAAUAGAAGUGUAAA